AUGUCAUCCAACACCUCGCACCUGGGUUUUAACAACCUCCUCAACCCUGAGUCCGCCACUGAACACCACCAAAACCAACACUCUGCCACAUCUAACACCAACAACGCCUCCAUGGCUACCGCUUCCGUGAGUCUCAUGGCUCCGCUGCUCCAAAACUCCACCCAGCAAGGACACGAUGAGCCUCGCCAGGACCUGCCCAGGCCCUACAAGUGCCCUCUCUGUGACAAGGCCUUUCACCGUCUUGAACACCAGACUCGCCACAUCCGCACCCACACAGGAGAGAAGCCUCACGCCUGUACUUUCCCCGGUUGCACAAAGCGCUUCUCCCGCUCAGACGAACUCACUCGUCACUCGAGGAUACACAACAACCCAAACUCACGGAGAGGCAAAGGCCAGCAUGCCGCUGCCCACCAGGCCGCUGUCGCCGCCGUCCAGGCUGGCCUAAUGGAGCCUGGCAAUGGCCUUGCCCACAUGAUGCCUCCUCCAUCCAAGCCUAUUUCUCGCAGUGCACCCAGCUCCAACAUUGGCUCGCCCAAUGUCUCGCCUCCCCACUCGUUUUCCAACUACUCACCUAACAUGGGCAACGAUCUUGCAGCGUAUCGCCACGGAGGCCACAGCAGCAACAGCAGUAGCAACACCAGCCCGAACGGUCUUUCAAGAAACAUGGACUUGCUUGCCGAUGCUGCUUCAAGACUUGAGCAACGACCGAGCCACCACUCGCACUCCAGCAGGCACAUUACGAGCGGAUACCAUCCUUACAACCACCGCUUGCCGGGUCUCUCGCAGUACGCAUACUCGUCACAGCCAAUGUCAAGAUCGCACUCCCAUGAGGACGACGACCAGUAUUCGCACAGGAUGACGAAGAAGUCACGACCAGGCUCGCCCAUGUCCACUGCGCCCCCUUCACCAACAUUCUCGCAUGAUUCCGCCAGCCCCACACCAGACCACACCCCCCUUGCAACUCCUGCGCAUUCGCCCCGCCUCCGACCUCAUGGAUUCGCCGACUUGCAAUUGCCGCAUCUGCGUCAUUUGAGUCUCAACCAGAGCUUUGUGCCUGCCCUUGCCCCAAUGGAGCCUUCCACUGACCGCGAGGAGCGUUAUGUUGCGCCCCAAUCGUCGGGUCUGCGCAUUGGAGACAUCAUUUCAAGAUCUGAGGGCGCACAGCGCAAGCUGCCCGUGCCACUUCCCAAGGUCGCCGUUCAGGAUCUCCUCAACGGUCCUUCAGCAAGUGGCUUCUCGUCCGGAAACUCGUCUUCGACUCCGUCGUUAGCUGGCGAAGACCUCACCCAUCGCAUGUAAAGCACACUCUCCAACUCAGCAUACAUUGGCGUUCUGGAAGCAUUUCAUGAUUUAUGUUUUAGCGAAGCGUUGAAUUCAUCAGGAUAGACACCACAUUACGAGGGGUAAUGCUUGCGGCAUAUGACCAUUUCAUUAUUUGAGGCUUUUUCCUGUUCCUAGGAAACACCGCUCAGUCACGGUAGACUUUGUUUCGCUCCAAUACCCCGCGGAUCCUGUUGAUGCGCAGUCUUGUAUAAGUUCCACUCAGUUUCCUGUUGGCUAGUAAGCCCCGGAGUGCAGGGAUGCCUGCUUAUUGGUAGGCAGACGGUUAGAUAAAGACCCUCACAUCAGCGCGUAAUCGAACCCAAUGUCAACUUUA